CUGUUAAGGUUCGGCAAUCGCUUCCUUGGCCCGUCAUGGAAUCGCGACAACAUUGCCUCCGUCACAAUCUCAUUCAAGGAGAAUUUUGGUACCGGUGGACGAGCAGGCUAUUUCGAUAAGGCUGGUAUAAUAAGGGACGUAAUGCAGAAUCAUUUGAUGCAAAUGUUGACGUUGGUAGCUAUGGAGAAACCUGCCAGUUUGAAUGCUGAAGAUAUCCGAGACGAGAAGGUAAGGUAG